AAUUUAUUAUGAAUAUUUUGUAAAUUUUCUCUGCAAACGAAGCCGAACAAGUAAAGCAAAACAAACACAAUGGGUAUUUUGGAUAAAAUUGCCGAAAUCGAGCGAGAAAUCGCCCGUACCCAAAAGAACAAAGCUACCGAAUACCAUUUGGGUUUGUUAAAGGCCAAAUUAGCCAAAUAUCGUUCGCAAUUGUUGGAACCCGCAAAGAAGGGUGAAAAAGGUGAAGGUUUUGAUGUGUUAAAGAGUGGCGAUGCCAGAGUUGCUCUUAUUGGUUUCCCUUCGGUGGGUAAAUCCACUUUGUUGUCGACAUUGACCAAAACGGAAUCUGAAGCUGCCAAUUAUGAGUUCACAACGUUAACAUGUAUCCCCGGUGUUAUUGAAUAUAAGGGUGCCAAUAUCCAGCUGUUGGAUUUGCCGGGUAUUAUUGAAGGUGCUGCUCAGGGUAAAGGUAGAGGUCGUCAAGUUAUUGCUGUGGCCCGCACAGCCGAUUUGGUUGUUAUGAUGUUGGAUGCCACCAAACCGAAUGUACAUCGUGAAUUGCUGGAACGAGAAUUGGAAUCUGUCGGUAUACGUUUGAAUAAACGAAAACCGAAUAUUUAUUUCAAAAUCAAGAAAGGUGGUGGCCUGAGUUUCAAUUCCACCUGUACCCUUACCAAAUGUAGUGAGAAAAUGGUUCAAAUGAUUCUGCACUCAUUUAAAAUUUUCAACGCCGAAGUACUGUUUCGUGAAGAUUGUACCACAGAUGAAUUUAUUGAUGUUGUUACGGCGAAUCGUGUCUAUCUACCAUGCCUAUAUGUCUAUAAUAAAAUUGAUCAAAUUUCUAUUGAGGAAGUGGAUCGUUUGGCACGUCAACCCCAUUCCAUUGUGGUUAGUUGUAAUAUGAAAUUAAAUCUGGAUUAUCUGCUGGAGGCAUUGUGGGAUGCCUUGCAACUGAUUCGUGUCUAUACAAAGAAACCGGGUGCACCACCAGAUUUUGAUGAUGGUUUGAUUUUGAGAAAGGGCGUCAGUGUCGAAUAUGUCUGCCAUGCCAUUCAUCGCACCUUGGCUGCCCAAUUCAAAUAUGCCUUAGUCUGGGGUACUUCCACAAAGUAUUCACCACAACGUGUUGGCAUUAGCCACAUAAUGGCCGAUGAGGAUGUUAUACAAAUUGUUAAAAAAUGAUAAAUACGUUUUACGUCUAUUUAUGCAAAUAUUUUGGCGCUUCUUUCUU